CAUUUCUGCUCUCUCCUCCCCUCCCUCUGCUUCUGCUUUCUCUCUCGGAGUCUGACCACCAAAUCAUCUUAAUUUACCCCAUCACUUUCUUCUCCAUUCGUCUCACAGCCCAGUAAUCGCCAACCCCAUGCUUCCAUCCUUCUCUUCCGCUGCUUUUCGAUCGAAGGCUUGUGAUAGGUUUACUUUAUCUCCAUCAAGUCGCCAGGUGUUCCAAUGUAUAAGUUUUUGAUAGGAGGAAUCUAUCUUGGCAUUUCUGGAGCUGAAGUUAACAUUUUCUUUUAGAUGGUUUGCAAUGAUGGCCAACGGUUUUGUGAGGGAUUCUUUAUGUUACGGCUAAAGGGUGUUCCAAUGUGAGAUUUCAUCUGAUUACGAGAGAAAUGUUGGUGCAAGGAGAUUUCAAUAUAGAUUCAGUGCAAAUGUAUUCUGGUUCACUUAAAGAAGCAUUGAAGCAAACCAUGCUGAGCCAGGAGGUUAUGUUUAGGAAGCAGGUUCUUGAAUUGCAUCGGUUGUACGGUGUACAAAGGAUACUGAUGCAGGAUUUCGACUUCGAGGAGUUUGACCGAUGCAGUUUUAAGAAAGCUGGGAUAAAACCAACUUUCAUGCCAUAUCCAAAUCCUGAAAGAUAUGAUCCGUUGGUGAAAGAAACCAAAGCUUCCUCGAUUCACAUGCUCGAAAAGCGGUCAGGUAAAACCUUCAAACUCCGGCACAGGCCUCUCGAUUUGCAGCUGCCUGCUGAUCAGUACGUUAGCCUCAUUGACUUGGAAGAGUUGGAACUUUCGCUCCAUGUUGGAGUGGGGCAUCGAAAUGAGGAGAGUGUGGAAGAAAUACUUUCGUACAAGAAGUCUCGUGUGCUCUCUGGAGAAGUUAUUGAUUUGGAAGAUUCAAUUGAUGGGGAUGCAGAAAAUGAAAAUGUGUCUUCUUUAGAUCUAAAUGCUCCAACAAUUCAAUGCACAAGCAAUGAGAUUGAUAACGGCCAUGGUCAUGUCUCAUGUGAGAAUCUCUCUAUCAAGAACGAACAGUUUGGGUCCUAUGAAGAAGGAUACCUGGACCUUAAUGAAGCUCAGAAUGAUAAUUCAUCUUGUCACUCGAAUGAUCCCAUUAUGGCUCGUUAUUCAAGCUCAAACUCGUGGGCUGGAUUCAAGGGAGCAGUCUGCAAGGUAAAACAAGCCAAUUGCUCCUCCCCAAUUUGGGUCAAAGAGAAGAAUAACUGUUCAACUGAGUCCUCCACACUCGAACAGGAUGCAAAUCUAGAUGUGAUGGAUUGUGGUAGCAGAAACAAGAGAAUUGAAACUCAAACUACAGGGUCAAAAUAUAAGGGAACAAAUGCUGGUGAAAUGUGUAAUACUACUCAAUCUGAUGAAGCUCCAAUGGGGUCAAUAGUAAACUUCUGUAAAGACUCAAGUGAUUCUCGUGAUGAUGGAAGUAAAAAAUCCAUGGCAGUAAUUGAGGUUCCUUCGAACAUGCAUGCAAGGCUUCAAAAGAGUGAAGUCUGCUCUGACGGCUGUGACAGCAUAUUGACCUGUAUUGCCGAAAACGUCUCUUGUGGGGCAAAAAAGGUGCAAAAUUUGAGGCUUCCCACGUCUAACCAGAGUAAUGAAGCUCAAAAGGGGAUGCAUACUACAGAAACAUCCUUUUCCGCCGAGCAAGAUCACAAGUCCUCUGGUAGCAUUGAAUCAGAACAUGAUGAAGAAUCUUCUGAGAUACAAAUUUUACUUCAAAGUGCAGCUGAAUCACUUGUUUGUAUGUCUUUGGCUGAUCCAGCCUUUGUUAGUGACAUGGGAAAGGGUCAGGUGGAUCAGCAACAGCACUCUUCUGAUUCUUUUGAGAUACUAGUUCUAAGCCAAACAGAAAACAAUGAAGAAGACGAGUUCUCUGCAUCGUCCCGGCCGUUAACUGACAAAGAGAGUACGAAUUCGGGCUUCAAAUUGAGGAGGGGAAGAAGAUUGAAAGAUUUCCAGAGAGAGAUACUUCCUGGUCUAUCCUGUCUCUCAAGACAUGAGAUUUGUGAAGAUAUUAACAUUCUGGAGGCUGUCUUACGGUCCAGAGAAUACCAAAAAAUCAGAGGUAAAAUGCAAGAUGGACACAAAUGGUGUGCUCCUACCAAAAGCAAACGGUCCAGGCUCAAUAAGGCGAGGCGGAGAAUCAUUUUGUGAAGGUUCUUUCAAAGCUAUGCUUUUGACAAUGACAAUUGAUGCUGCUCUGUUGCAGGCUGUAGAUAUUGUAGCUAUGUAUUUCUUGAUUGCUGUUAUUUGUUUGUCUGCUAUUUUAAGAAGUUAGUUUCACUUAUUCAGUUACAUGUGUAUGUAUACUUGAUAUUCGAAAAUAAUCAAGUUAAGCACGUUAUAAAAUACGAAAAUGUAAAUAAUGUGCUUUAACUUUAUUACUUCCGAAUGUCAAAUAUAUAUACACGUGUAAUCGAAUGAACGAAAUUAACUUUUUGAAAUAACAGACUAGCGAAUAAGGGUGAUCGAGAAAUACAUUACUCAGAAUAGAUUACCUAAAAUAACUCUAGACAAAUUGUCUAAGUGUUGUAGCUAAAUGAAGAUUCAAUUAUUUUGACCAUUUUAGUUGAUGAAA